AAUGAUCUGGGGAAAUUGGUUGCUCUUCAGCAACCUUCUUGGCUGUACAGCAGGUUACGUUUUCGCUUGCCUCCAUCUUGCCAAUUGCUGCAUACUUCACUCCUUAGCAACUAGUACCUAUAAUAUCAUGUUUAAAGGGCAGCAAGCCGCCACUUUGCCCGCGUACUGUCCGAUCGCAUUCGACGCGAGUUUGUCCAGCAAGUCCUUUACCAACUGCUUUUCAUAUUGUGGCGUCCAGUAGUAUACACGCCAAGUCGACGUAUUACAGUAUUCAAAGAACCAAAAGUCAGUCUUCGCGAACGCUGCUUUGGCAGCUAUGAAGGCCUCGGAUGUUUCGGGAUUAAAGGUGGCAGAGCUCAAAGAGGUUCUGAAGGAGCGUGGAUUGCCUGUUUCAGGGACAAAGGCGGUUCUCGCGGAGCGUUUGCUAGCAGCUUUGGCCAAGGGUGAGGAGGGUGGCAGCGGCAGCCAAGGCAACGCCAAAGCGGACAAGAAGGCCGGAGCGGCGCGAAAUGGCAGCGAUUCCCCUUCAAAGCAGGCAAGCGAACAGCACGACAAUAACGGAACCCAGGAACAGGCGGAGGCUGCGAAACCCUCGCAGGGAGACGAUGCCGCUGCCAAAGCCGACGAAGACGCUGCGUCAGGGCCAGCUGACAAGCCGGCGGACACUGCCGAAGCGCCUUCAGCGGAUGGAAAGCCGGCUCCGGCGAACCAGCCUGCCUCGGACGACAAGCCAGCCCCUGCUGACAAGCCGGCGGGCGGGGAUGCAGUCAUGACGGAGGCGGCCAAGGAGCCUGAGGUACCCAUCCCUGAGCCUGAGCACGAGGAGCAGGUGGACUAUGGCACGGAUGAGAUCAUGGUUGCGGAGGAGCCAGCUGACGAGCCGGCAGCAACUGCGGAGGCAACAGCAGCAGCAGAGGCUCAGCCUGAAGCAGCUGAUGCCGAGCAGCAGCGAAAAGCACAAAGCGAGGAGCAGCAGCAGGAGCCGGAGAGCAUGGAGGUCGAGAAGAAGGCGCCGGAGGAGGGUGCCGCUGCUGCUGCUGCUGAGGGCGCCACAGCUGCAGCGACUGCCAUGGAACGAGAUGACGUUGCAGAGGGGUCGGCGGACAAGAAGGCCGCAAGGGACGGGGCUCCUGCCUCAGCAGUCGCAGCAUCUGGCAAUGCUGACCCCGCGGGGGCUGCCAAGGAUGCUGGAGGCGCGGCGGCGGAGCCGGUGCCGCAGGCGCCGGUCGUGGCCGCGGCUGGCGCUGGCAGCGGCCGGCGGCGUCAGCCCAUUCAGUUCAAUUCGGACGAGGUGGAGCAGCGGGUGGCUGCCAAGCGUGCAGCCCGGGAUGCCACCACAGCAGUGGCAGCAGGCAGUGAGGGGGCGCAGGACAAGGCGGCGAAGGCGGGGGCUGCCGCCCCUGCCGCAGCAGCGGGCAAGAAGCCUGCUGCUGCCGCCCCAGCAGCAGCCAACGCAGAGGCGGCUGAGGUUGCUCCGGCGUCUGCCAAGGAUCCGGAAGCAUCCGAAAAGCCGGAGGCGGUGAAGACGGGAACGCAGGAAGACAAGGCAGCAGCCCCGGCGGACAAAGCAGCAGCACCGGCGGCGGAGGCGGGUAAGGAUGCGGGUACGGCAGCCGGGCGGGCGACGAAGCUGCAGAAACUGGACGUGACGGGACGCAAGGUGGGCACGGCGCUUGCGGGAGCAGCGGCGGCCUCAGUGUCUCCCAAGGCGGCUGGCGGUGGCGCACCAGGCAAGGCGGCGGCGCCGGUGCCGCUGGAGGGACCCGCGACACGCGCUUUGCGGAUUGACGGGUUCGUGAGGCCGUUCACGGAAAACCAGGUACGGCAAAUGCUGUCCCAGUACGGCACGUUGGAGGACCUCUGGAUGCCCACCAUCAAGAAGUUCUGCUACGUCAUUUUUGCCGAGGUUGCUCAGUGCGAGGCGGCCGCAACCGCCACCAACGGCGUCGUCUGGCCGCCAACCAACAACACCAGCAUCCUCAAGCCCAGCUACCUCACGCCCGAGGACGCGGCAACCGCCAUUUCCAACGGUCGUGCCGGCGUUACGGACCCCGCAAAGGGCGCUGCCGCAGUUGGGAAGCCCUCCCUGGCUGCAGCUGGCUCCGGGCCGCUGGCGGCGUCAAAGGGCCCGGGGGUGGCGGCGGCGGGAGCAGCGCCGCCAACCAGUCCGCCGGGUCUCCGUCGGGAUACGCUGACGGCGGCAAUGGCGGCGGCGGCAGCUGACGCCGCAGCCGCCAAGCAGAAAGCCCCCGCCGCCGCCAACCGCAAACGGCCGGAGCCGGAGGGCGAUGCCGCCGCUGCCGCCGUUGCGGUGGCGGAGGCAGUCCCGCCGGCCGCCGCGCCAGCGGUGGCUGCGCCUCCACCAGCGGCGGAACCUCCUGCGCUGUCCCUGGACGACCUCUUCAAGAAGACCAAGACCAAGCCGGUAAUCUACUGGCUGCCGCUGACCGAGGAGGCUGCGGCGGCGGCGCGGAAGAAGCGGCAGGAGGAGGAGGCGACGGCGGCUAAGGAGGAAGCGGCAGCAGCGGAGCGGGAGCGGGAACGGCGGCAGGAGCGCGAGCGUGAGAGGGAGCGGGGCAGGGAACGCAGCGGGGCCGGGGGCGGCUGCUCCCCCAGGGGUGGUGGCAUCGUCAAUCCCCUCUGCUGAGCAUACCCUUGGGGCCCUCUCAAUGGCGGGCAAGCCGGGCAAUCGGCCCAAGCAGCCAGCUACCGCAUCAGAAGCAGCAUGGACCAACGGCAGUGCCUUGCCGAGGCCAGAGCCUGCUCUGUCGCAUGCGGUAGGAGCGCGAGCCGGGGUUGCGGCUGCAGACAUGCGGGUUGGCUGAGGCGGAGGGACAGAGGAAGGGCGGUGGGUUACACGGCCUCCUAGCACGAUGUGGGAGGAAAGCUGCUGCCUUUAGCCCAGCUGAUGCCACAUUGCCAUACAUGUUCCCUAAUAGGGCGGCGCUCUGGACGCAUGACGAAUGACCAACCCAUUGCUUACGUUGCAUGCCGGACCCAGCUACACACGUGUGGCUGUAGCUUCCCACUCCGAGAUGGCCUGUAGUGGGUUGGCUGGCAGCUGGGGCGUAUGGCAGUAGCGUGCGAGUGGCAAAGAAAUUGUAUACCGGUGUAUCAGAGGCCAGUGUACGGGCCGUACGAAAGAAUAUGAAGCCCUAUGACCUCCUCGAGUCUACACAUACCGUUGUAUGUAAGCAACCGUUG